GAUGGUCCAAAACAGGAAGGGGUGGAUGUCUGUGUGUGUAGGGGAGUUCUGGGAAGAAGAACUAGAUUCUGUGUUUGUGUGUGUGCAAGCACAUCAAGAAGACACUGGCAACCAGCAGAGUUUGGGCUCCAUGCAGAGCAGAAUGGAGAACGUUUAUGGGAAUAAGAUGGACAAGUAUAAGAAAGAUGACAGCUUCCAAUGUGACGAUGAUGAUGAUUAUGAAAAUAUGAGCAGUAUGAAGCCACCAUCUGUGCCUUUCCGCAAGGUCAAGGGGGUCAAAGCCAAUGUUCGGAAGGAAGACUUUGCAAUGAAAAGGACAGCAAUGCCUGAAACUUGCUCAAUUGGGGAACAACGUUCUUCCCUGGCAGUGCUGGAGACAAACGCCUCUGAUAUACCAAGAUUUCAACCCCCACGCAUCGGUUUGGAUUUUUCAUCAACAGCAGUGAAUGCGGCAUUUAGAGAUCUGCAAGAGUCAAGUGCAGAAACCAAUGAGAACAAACAUAUGGGGCAACAGAGGACUGUCCUGUUCUUAGUGGCUCUGCUGAUUGUCACGUUGCUCCUGAGUAUUACUGGGACAAGCCUCCUCUACAUAUUUUUGUCUCGGUUUCAAGCGGCCUCUACAAAAGUGCAAGACAGCCUCAAGGAAGACAUAAGGGAAAUCAAUAAGACACUGGGAUCUCAAGUUCAAGAAACCUCUAGAGAGGGAAGGAACCUCAUGCAAGACCUAAGCAAAAUCAAUCAAACACUGUACUCCAUGGAGUUGUCAUUGAAAAAGCAGGUGGAUAAUCUUAAAACAGAAAUAACAGACUUCAAGCAAACAAUUGAAAAGGGACAAGAAGAACUCAGGUCACAGAUUCUUAAACUGAAAAACGCAAUGCAGAAAAAAGGUCUCUGCAAUUCGUGUCCCCCUGACUGGACACUAGUGGGCUUCAACUGCUAUUUCUUCUCCAAAGAUCACAAAAAUUGGGAUGAUUCAAGGAAACAUUGCCAGAAACUGGAGUCUGACCUCCUUAUCUUUACUGAUCAGGUGGAGGUGGAUGCUCUUUAUCCAUUCAUGAAAAAUAAGAGAUUCUGGAUCGGACUCAGAAGAUCCAAAGAUCUUAAAUGGAAUUGGGUGGAUGGAAAAGCAAUAACAUUCUCCAAAUGGGGUACGGGAGAGCCAAAUAAUGCACACUCAAGAGAGCACUGUGGAGAGACCCUAUCAAAAUACUGGAAUGACCUUGAAUGCAACAAUAUGAUUGACUUUAUCUGUGAAGGACUUCCAGACUGCUGA